GGCUCGGGUGAAGAUAAUGGUAUCUAACAUUUUUGGCGAAAUCUACUUUUUAUAUGGAAUUAAUGGUAAAUGUGGCUAGAAAUAGAUUCCUUGUGAAGAUUUAUCGAUAUCUUGAUAGAUGGCGCUACAGUAGCACCCUAACAUCCUGGUAACUAACAGUCGUCGUGACGAAUAUAAUGGUAUCUGUCAUCAUGGCGGCGAACACUAAGUUGUUGUGUGAACAAAAUAACAGAAAUUUGCAAGAAAUAUGUGACACAAAUGGUAGUUCUGAAUGCGAUGAUAGCGAUAAAGAUCCAGACUACAGUUUUAACGAAGAGAUUGGCAAGAAAAAGAAACAUCGUAAGAUAUGGCCUACACCUUUGCCCAACAACAAUACUAAUGCAGUAUCUGGUGAACCUGACAAGGAAAACUCUGUUCGAGGAAGAAAAAGGAAACGCGGAUGUAACAUUGAUCAGCGACAACAAAACAAACGGAACAGUGGUCAAUCAUAUACGUGUAAAAGAGGAAAGGGAAACGUUAUACUACAAAAAUCGAUGGGAGAAGAUUGUUUGUGCAAAAGAAAAUGUUUUGAGGUAGUAUCAGCAGACGAAAGGAAUAGCUAUUUGUAUAACAAGGGAGGAAAGUGCUUCUUUUCCUCCCGAGAAUGAAGUUUACUGCCCGACGCGUAGCGGAGGGCAGUAAUCAUUCAAGGGAGGAAAAGGCACUUUACUCCCAUGUUAUACAUAUGGUUUUUCCACCUUCCUCAAAUAACAAGUCAUUUUAUCAUUUUUACUUAAUUUAUUUAUGUAACUAACCAACAAAAUUUAUUAGAACUUAAACUAGCAAGUAGGUACAAUAUAACUGUCAACUGUCAAAUAUAAGUCAAAUUAUUAAUGUAAACAUUGUUAAAUCAGAAUAACAAUUUACUGUUUUUUACCAUUCUGCAAAAUACAGAGUGUUUUUAAAUAAACGUUAAAAUGUAUAGAUACUUACGUAAUAGAAAAUAUAUAUUGUACAGGGCGUCAAUAAGUUAUAUUUCAUGAAUGAAAUACCAUGACGUCACUUUUACUUUUCCUCCCUAGGGAGGAAAAAUAUUUUCCUCCCUAGGGAGGAAAAGUACAACUUUGCUCCCUACAAUCAGGUCCGAAAAAGUAUACUUUCGGUAGAGGUAGGUGGAAAAAGUAUUUUUCAGAAGUUUUGGGAGAUAAAUAAUUUUAAUACCCAAAAUGCGUAUUUAUUUGGAUGCAUACAGAUUAAAAUAAAGGCCCGCAGUACCAAACCAAAGGACUCGCCUUCCCGAAGGAGUCACACUGUCGAAUAUCAGCUACAGGCAAUACGAGGUAUCAAAUUUGUAAGAAAGCAUUUCUGAAUAUUCAUGGACUACAACAUAAUAGGGGUAGAGUCGAGAAUAUUGCUAAAAACAUCAAACAAGGUUUACUAACGCCGAAAAUGGAUGGAAGAGGACGUCAUGCAAAUCACAAAAAAAGUUUUCUAAUGAGCACAUCCUAUUUCUUAAAGAAUUUAUUGAAAGACUCCUAAAAUAUGAGAGUCACUAUUCCCGAAAUGACAACUGUAACACGUAUUUUAUGACAAUGGACUAUACAAUAGAGAAGUGUUAUGAGGUUUACAAAAUUGAAUGUCUGUCUCAAAAUCAAGAAUGUGUAUCUGCUGAUAAGUUUCGAAGAGUAUUUACCGAAGAUUUUAAUAUUAAAUUUAAAUCACCUAAAUCUGACACGUGCCACAUAUGUGAUUCAAUCUAUGUUAGUAUGAAAGAGGCUACGAUACAAAGAAAUGAGGAACAAAUCCAAGCGCUACAAUUGAAGCAAGAACUGCAUCACAGGAAGGCUAAAGCUGGACAAGACGCUAUCAAAAACGCAACAAAAACAGCACAAGAGAACAACGAAACAUAUGCAAUAACAUUUGACCUUCAACAAGCACUUCCAACCCCCAAAUUGUCUACUGGUCCUACAUUUUAUAAAAAGAAACUUUUUUCUUACAAUCUCGGUAUAGACUCAUUGUAUCCCUCACAGGGAUACUUUUAUUUAUGGGACGAGUCAACCGCUGCUAGAGGCGCAGACGAGAUCGGAAGCUGUCUGCUUAAACAUUUCCAAAUCCACAAUAUUAAAGGACAUACGUUAAUAGCUAUUUCUGAUAACUGCAUCGGCCAAAAUAAAAACUGGUCUUUGGUUGGAGUGUGGCUUCGUUUACUAGCUCUGGGAAAUUUUAAAGAAAUAAUACAUAUUUUUCCACAGGUUGGACACACAAUGUUACCAUCAGACAGAGAUUUUGCUGUUGUAGAAAAAUACGUACGAGCUCAUUGUCAAUAUGUAUAUUCUCCAGCUGAGUGGGAAAACAUACUGAGAACAUGCCAAAGGAAAAAUCCAUUCAUCGUUUACAAGAUGAAUCAAGAAGAUUUUUUAAAAGUGUCUGAAAUGAGAAACUAUUUUGUACAACCCAAAUCUACACCGGCUAAUCCAUGUAGUAUUAGAAAUGCUGUGCGAAUGCGCUUCUCUGCUGAAAACUUUGAACAUAUCGAAAUCGCUGAUACAUACAAUGGUGAGUUUAAUUCAUACUCAAUUCAAAAAAGAGAACGAACUGGGAUCCUACAAGAACAUUUUAUUCAAGAUCUUCAGAAAAAAUAUGCUACACGGCUUGGUAUUGAACCUAGUAAACUUGAACAUGUACUUUCGUGUUUGGAAUGGAUUCCCAGCGUUCAUCACGAGUUUUACAGGUCGCUAUUUGCAAAGUCCCUGUAAUGUAUUUCUUAUUUCUAUUAUUGUUUCUUGUGCUUAUUUCUAAUAACAUUGUUAAGUAUAUUUGUUUCAUUUUUAUAACCUAUGUGCAAUUUAAUAAACGUAAAAAAUGGUAUC